AUGUGCCCUGGUCUCUCUGCUGAUCUUCAACAGAUUGACGACUCCCGCAAGACCGCCAUCAUCAACAAGGAACUGACACGGCUUAACAUCGACGUUGCCUGUCUCCAGGAGACUCGGCUGGCCGACAGCGGCUCUCUUAGAGAAUCAGACUACACCUUCUUUUGGCAAGGCUUGUCCCAGGACGAGCGGAGGCAGCAUGGAGUAGGUUUUGCUGUGAGGAACUCGAUGCUCGCCACCACAGAGAAGCUGACUGGAGGCAGCGAAAGAAUCCUAGUCCUCCGCAUGAAGACAUCUACAGGGUUUGUCAACUUCCUGUCUGUUUACGCCCCGACCCUCACAUCCAGCACAGAAGCCAAAGAUCAGUUUUACGAAGCCCUGGAGAAAACAGUGUCCCAAAUACCCCGCUCCGAAAGUGUAUACCUGCUAGGCGACUUCAAAGCACGCGUUGGAUCCGACUGGCAAGCAUGGCCCGCCUGUCUCGGCCAUUUCGGUGUUGGCAAGUUAAACGAGAAUGGGCAGAGACUGUUGGAACUCUGCUGCCACCAUGGCCUCUGCAUCACCAACAGCUACUUGAAGUGCAAGGAGCUGCACAAAGUGUCUUGGAGACAUCCCCGGUCCCGCCACUGGCACCAGCUUGACCUUGUCAUUACCAGGAGAGCAGACCUCAGCAGCGUCCUCCACACGCGAAGCUACCACAGCGCAGACUGUGACACAGAUCACUCCCUUGUUGGCAGCAAGAUCAGGCUAAAGCCCUGUAAGAUCCACCACGCCAAGACAAAGGGCCGCCCCCGCAUCAACACCUGCGCUACUGCCGACCCAGCCAAGGCUCAGAGCUUCGUCGAGACCCUUCAGAAAAAGCUUGCUAACCAGCCUACAACCGAUGACACGGACGCCAAAUGGUGUCACCUCCGGGAUGCCAUCUACGACUCGGCCAUGUCUGCGUUCGGAAGAAAAGCACACAAGAAUGCUGAAUGGUUCGAGGCGCACUGGAAAGAAAUGCAGCCAGUCACGGAAGCCAAAAGGAUAGCCCUUCUGGCUUACAAGCAAAACCCUUGCCACAGCACACGCGACGCUCUCAGAGCAGCUAAGAGCAAGGUCCAGCAGACCGCCCGCCGCUGUGCUAACAAGUACUGGCAGAACCUGUGUGCCAAGAUCCAGACAGCUGCCGACUGUGGUCAUACUAGAGGGAUGUAUGAGGGGAUCAAGACAGCCACUGGCCCCACGAGCAUCAAGACAGCACCGCUCAAAGCGAAGUCUGGCGAAGUCAUCACCGACCAGAGCAAGCAGCUGCAGUGUUGGGUCGAACACUAUCUCGAACUCUACUCGACCCAGAACAUCGUGACUGACGCUGCCCUUGAUGCCUUGCCCAGACUACCAGUCAUGGAGGAGCUUGACGAGAUACCCACACUGGAGGAGCUCAGCAAAGCCAUCGACAACCUUGCCUGUGGCAAGGCGCAAGGGAAGGACAGCAUACCAUCAGAAGUCCUAAAGCACGGCAAGUCUUCCAUCCUCCAGCCGCUUCACGAGUUCCUCCGCCAAUGCUGGGUGAAAGGGCACAUCCCACAAGACAUGAGAGAUGCAAGUAUAGUCACCCUCUACAAAAACAAGGGUGACCGAAGCGAUUGUAAUAACUAUCGCGGCAUCUCACUCCUCAGCAUUGUAGGCAAAGUUUUUGCGCGUGUCACUCUAAGUCGCCUUCAGAGUCUCGCUUCACGAGUUUACCCAGAAUCCCAAUGUGGGUUCAGAGCCGCCAGGUCCACAGUGGACAUGAUCUUCUCCCUCCGUCAGCUGCAGGAGAAGUGUCGUGAGCAGCAGCAACCAUUGUUCCUCGCUUUCGUGGACCUGACAAAAGCCUUUGACCUGUUUUUAAGAACUGCCACAGUGCAGAGGCUAGAGAUCAUAACAGCCACUUGCUUCUGUGGCCGGCUUGCCCUUGCUUGCAAAGUGGUGAUCAGAGGUGAAACAUCUCCUGAUCGCAAAUCAAACCCAAUGGCUUGA